AUGAUGCGCUACGUGCUGUGUAUCCUCGCUCUUCUGCUCUCAUGUGCGUGUGUGCACGUCCUCGCUGAAGAAGUGCCUGCCGCCGAUCUUUCCGACCAAGUCCCUGAUACGGAGAGUGAGACUAAGAUUCUUCUUCCAGCUACUCCUAAGUGCGCUAAUGGUGGUGCUCCUGAAAUUCAUGGAGGUUCUUGUCCUUCUGCUCCUGGUGGUCCUUCUGGUGUUCUUCAAACGGCACCUGAUGGUGUUGAAGAUUGUACACAAGAAACGAAUGGUCCUCCGUGUACUCCUAGCGGUGCUGGAUCUGAAGUUGCUAGUACUGAGUGUGUGAAACCUUCUCCGGAGGCACGCUGCCCUACCAAUGCCCGUGACGCUCAGGAGAAUUGCACUUCUGGCGACUCUACUUGUCACAAUAAACCACAAGAAGCAGCUGCCGCCAAAACAAGGGAAAAUAGUGGAACCAAUGGUAACCAACGUCAACGUCCCGAUGGUCAAAGUCAUCCUGAAAGUAAUGAAGAAGAAGCUGCGGCGGAUGGUGUACCUGGUGGUGGUGCUUCUUCUUCUUCUUCUGACCAUUCUCCUGCUCCUCAACCUCCUGAGAGGAGUGAUGGUGAGUCUUCAGUUGAUGGCCAAACUGGAAACAAUGGCAACCAUACAACACGUGAAGGUGAAAAUGGAGAUAACAAUAAAACUGCAGCAACACAAACUUCUGCUGACUCUCCUAACACAUCGCCCACAGUGAGUGGUGAUGGUUCAGAUACUGGAACAGCCGAGAAUGAGACUAUACCUGCAGAGAGUGAGUCAUCAAAUAACCAAGAAGGUGUGGGAAAUACAGAUACCACGACGACCACCACCACAACUACAACAACAACACUUCCUCCUGAACCCAUAAACAACAAGAAGGGUGAUGCAGACAGCAGCAGCAGUAUCAGCAAUUCUGUGUGGGUGCGUGUACCAUUACUGAUUGUGGUUACACUGGCCUGUAUUCUUGUGUGCUGA